AUGGCUACACCGAUCCGAGCGCUGGUGCACGUUGCGAACCUGCCGGCGACGACAACGGAACGCGCGCUGCGUGAGAUGUUUGGGUCGCUGGGGCAGAUGCAGUCAGCCAGGGUGGUAGCGAGUCGGUCGGCUGGGGGGCUUGCGUACGGGUUCGUAGAGUACGUCGAUGUUGCAUCUGCGGAGCGCGCAAUUCGCACCAUGAAUGGCUGGGUUUGGUUUGGUACACCCAUCAAGGUGUGCUGGGCUAAGCACAGUAUGCAUCCGGACGCGGUGAACGAGUGGGUGGAAGUAGACAGACCUGUUGGUAUGCGUAGUGGUGUGCAUUCGCACCUGUUCGUCGGCGACCUCUCGCCCGACGUCGACGAUGCGUUGCUGCAGUCGUUUUUCUCGAGAUUCACCUCGUUGGCCGAUGUACGCGUGAUGUACGAUGCAGCGACGGGCAAGUCACGUGGAUUCGGAUUCAUCAACUUUCGUAGCAAACAGGAUGCAGACGAUUGCAUCGCCACAUGCCAGGGACAGUGGCUGCGCGGUCGACAGAUCCGCGUCAAUUGGGCCAACCAGAAGAACCAGCCGAGUCAAGCACCGGCGACGCUAACGCCAACCGCGACCGCGACCGCGACCGCGACGUGCUCAGCGUAUUCUGACACGCCUCUCUCGUUAUCACACGCGGGCAGCGGCGUGUCGACGAAAACAUCGGCCACGCCCAGUGAACUUUCGUCGACUUCAUCGCUCAUUAAUGACGCAUCGCUACAAGUUGCACUUCCACGGCGUCAUACGACGCUUGGCUCUCAACCACAGCUGUCGACCAUCACGAGGAAUCCAGCCAACAUACUGCGCUACAACUACGACCGCGUUGUAUCUGAAGCGCCCAGCUCACAGACCAGUGUGUAUGUUGGCAAUAUCUCCCCGCUCACAUCGCAGCAAGACCUCGUACGCAUCUUUUCGCCAUUUGCCCACGGCCACCACCUUGAAGCGCGCAUCCCGCCCGGGCGAGGCUACGGCUUCGUCACGCUCAACACGCACGAACAAGCCGCCAGCGCCAUCUGCACAUUGAGCAUCCAAGGCGUCUUCAUGCACAGUCGCUGGUUGCGCUUCGGCUGGCAGAAAAACCGUCCCUCCCCACUACCCAUUCAACAUCGCUCCGAAAGCGCCCCCGAACACAUGCUCUACACCCUACACAACCAGCCCCGACAACACACCCCCAAUCAAUCAUCACAAUCCCUCCCAUCCCAACAAAAUAUCCUCUCAAGGACCCAGCCUCAGCCACAUCAGCAAAAACCUCCCCCACCUUCCUCGUCGUCCUCUUCCAACGAGUUUCAACCUUUCUAG